GCAAGCGUCCGUUGAUGUCUGGUAGUGAGUGCAGUUGAAUAAAAGGUUCUAAGUUAGGUUCUCAGCUUAUUGAAUUUCACUUGUUUCGAAUCAAUAUGGGGAAUGAGUGCCCGUAGCGGGUGAGAGGUCAUAUGACGACCCCAGUCAUUUUGCUCAGAAAGAGAGGGAAAAAAAAAAAGAACGGCCGUCCAGCACUAUACCUUGUGAGACAGAGAGGUCCAUCGGUACAGGUAGCUCAAGAAGCAUGGGUUCGCUUGCGGCUAAACAAUCCGAAGCGUUCACUGAAGCUGUAUGAAGGAGCUGCUGCAGCCAGUCGACUGCGCUCAUUGAGACCGGGAUCUGCGAACAUGUGUGACGUAGAAAUCGCCCGGCGGGUGUCAAGGCUUUCUUCCGGGCAAGGGAUUGGAAGGAGGACGAAGCGGAGGCAGAGGAUGAGCUGUUGUGGCUGUGGCACUGAUUGCUGCCUGUGCUGUCCUGGCUGUCCAUGGUUUGAUGUGGGUGUAUGGAGUGGUCAAUGGGGAGUGAAGAGAGGAGAUGGAGAUGGAGAUGGAAUGAGGGUGUGGAAGGAUAGCAGAGAACAGAACCAUACUCAAAACAGGGUUUUCCCAAAAAUGGGACUUGCCCCGUUGCCUUUUGAAGCCAGUGCCAGGUCGCGGGCGGACAUUGGGGCAACGCGCUCUCUGGCCCAACCUGUGCUGACCAAUCGCAAGAGGGCGGAUCAAAAGGUAUUGGCAUGUUCGCACGGACGCAUUACAGUCAAUGCGGUCAACAAGGACCGCAAUAAGGACCCCGUUUAGGUGACAAGGCAGCCAGGUGCCUUCUUGACGUAGUCACAGUCAAAUAGAGCAGGCCUGCCAGCCAUUCAUCCUACAUGGUCGGUCUCGAGACGUACUUCGCCUUCAGCAGUAUCAACUCAUAAAAAAAGCGAGUCGCUGUCAUGUUAUAUCCAGUUGUGUACGAGGCGUAGAGAAGCAUAAAACGACGAAUGGCCAUGG